ACUUCCCACGCUGACAUCUGUCAAAAACCAGUUGAUUGCCCCCGCACGAUUUUCUAACUGUAUUUUCCUUUGUUCGCUGCAUUUUGAAUUGUGGAAUGUUUAAUGGGAACACCGUCGUAGUCUCGUAGUGGCUGCGCGACUCGCACGGGCCCCCUCGACGUUUCCGGAAUUCCCGAAAUUCCGCACUCAAAAUGGCCACUAGGAACAAAUCAGGAAGCAAACAUGACGACCAAAGCGUCGAGACUCUGGCUGAAGUUUUUCGAUGCUUUAUCUGCAUGGAGAAACUGCGAGAUGCCCACUUGUGUCCGCACUGCUCCAAGCUGUGCUGCUACGUUUGCAUCCGAAGGUGGCUCACUGAGCAGCGGUCGCAGUGCCCCCAUUGCCGCGCCUCGCUGCAUUUACACGAAUUGGUGAAUUGUCGGUGGGUAGAGGAGGUGACGCAGCAGCUGGACACCCUGCAAGCCGUUAACCUGAACAGCAGCCGAGGGGAUGACAACGACAGAGACAAGUGCUCGACCCACUCGGAGAAGCUGUCCGUGUACUGCUGGACCUGCCGCUGCUGCAUCUGCCACCAGUGCGCCCUCUGGGGCGGCACUCACUCCGGCCACACCUUCAAGCCCCUCGACGAAGUCUACGAGCAGCACGUGACCCAGAUCAAGGACGAAGUGACCCAGCUGCGGCGGCGCCUCAUGGAGCUCAUCAGUAUUGUACAAGAAGUCGAGCGCAACGUCGAGUCCGUCCGCUCGGCCAAGGACGAGCGCGUCCGCGAGAUCCGCAACGCCGUCGAGCUCAUGAUCGCCCGCCUCGACUCCCAGCUCAAGACCAAACUGCUCACCCUCAUGGGUCAGAAGGACUCGCUCACGCAGGAGACCGAGCAGCUCGAGCACCUGCUGCACGAGAUCGAGCACCAGCUGCACACCUGCACCCGCUCGGAGAUGAUCGCCAAGAGCGGCGAGCUCUCGCGGAUGAUCCACGCGAUUCGGAAGAAACCGAUGACGAGCUUCGUGACGGCGCCAGUGCCGGCGGACUUCCACAGCGAGAUCGUACCGGCCUAUGAUAGCAGCACGUUCGUGAUGCAUUGCUUCUCGCAGCUGCAGCGGAAGGCAGACCCGGUGUACUCGACGCCACUGCACUGCAACGGGUUGUGCUGGAGGUUGAAGGUGUACCCGGACGGAAACGGAGUGGUUCGGGGGAACUACUUGUCGGUGUUCCUGGAGCUGAGCGCGGGAUACCCGGAAACGUCCAAGUAUGAAUAUCGGGUUGAAAUGAUACACCAGGCCAGUCGGGACUCCUCGAAGAACAUCGUGCGGGAGUUCGCGUCGGACUUCGAGGUGGGGGAAUGCUGGGGGUACAAUCGGUUCUUCCGAUUGGAUUUGCUGGCGAGCGAGGGUUAUUUAAAUGUGGCACUAGAUACCCUCGUGUUGCGAUUCCAGGUGCGCGCUCCUACGUUUUACCAGAGGUGUCGCGACCAGCAGUGGUACAUCAACCAACUACAGACCGUCCAGAACCAGUAUAUUUCUCAGAUUAACGAAUCGAAGGAGCGGCUCGCCGCUGAAAUUUCCAGAAACGCGGUGGCGGCGACGCUGGGGGCGGCCACACAAAUCCCGGACAUCGCCACCAUCGGGAUUGUGAAAAGUAUGUACAAUAUGACGCCGGUGGUGGCCACUGAAACGGGGGAUUCGCAGCCGGUGGCGUCCACUUCUAAGAGUAACGUUCCGGAGAAGACGUUCCCCACUGAUAUUACUACCUUGGCGAAGAAUUUGAUGAGCAGUGCUAAUAGUAAACAAGGUGCUGGUGGUGCGGGCAACGGUGACGAUUGCCCCAACAACGCCAGCAGUUCUUCGUCGGCGACGUCUCUGCAGCCGCAGGUCGUAACUAAGAAGCAAAAGGAGUCCGGAAGGCAACCCGGCGACGGUUUAGUGGAAUCACCAAGACACCUAUUAGGACUAGGGGUAUCGCUCAGUUCGCCUAACCUCCUGAAUUCCAACGUUUCCUUCGCUUUGUGUAGCAGCAGCAGCGAGAGUGAUUUGAGCGAACCCGAGAACAUGAUGGAGGAGUUCGAGCCGGCCGAAACGAACCUGAUCAGUACAGGGGAUAAUUCCAACGACGAGAAUGACGUGGAUGACGAAACCAUGUCAGGUAAUGGUGACGGACAUGCGCUUUACUCACAAAAUACUAACAGUCCUACUAACGAAGCAGCCGAAAAAGACGGCGAAAAUGACGUCGAAUACGCCGAAUUUUCCAUGACGCAGCGCUUAAUGAUGCGCGAUUCGAGUCCUGCAGCUGCAGGCGCCACGGCGUUGUCGCCCACCGAAACUAACUCGUUCGAAGACAAACUCAUGCUAUUGCAACUAUUCGACCGAAUCGAGAACUCGCCGCAGGCAACCCCGUCAACAUCAGCGCCGUCUACAAACCGCUCGCAAAGCGACUUGCCCCCAGUUAGCCUAGACAUAGCGCUCUUGGAAAAUCUAUCCAUUAAAAGCGACGAACUGCCGUCCCCCACCGUACCUGACAUAGCCAAUAGGAGAAAGCUGCGCAAGCGCUUCAAAGGUACAACUAACUCCGAAGUGACUAACCCGACGUGGACAGAAACCGUUCCACUAAACACGAAAGAGUCGGUAAUGGGACCACUGGAGUCUUUUUUGCGGUCGAUUAACUGCUACCCUGAGCACGAUCAACACCGUAAGAAAGAAUCCACUAAAGAAAAACGACUAAAGAGUUCGGUGCAGAUGCCGAAGUACUCUGCGUUAUUACAAGCAUCCACGCCGCCUCCUUUGGGAGAGAACGUCGACGGGAGCGUGCAACCGUCGUCCUCGAAUGGGUUCAGUUGGACGCCGUCUUUGUUGAACCAGCGCAGACCCAACAAAAUGAACAAGCUUACUGAUCUCAGCAAACCAGAAAAGGAAAACAAAAACGGAAGUGGAAGAUCUGAUAAUCAGCCGCAUUCUGCCUAAACGGGGAUUUUUUCCUUGCAUUUUUUUAAUUUAUUUAAGUUUUUUUAUUUUUUUAAGUUGGUAGCGCCGCAAGGAACUAACGUCGUAUUGUACUUAAUACAUGUUAACGAAAAUCAUUCCGAUAGGAAUUAAAUUUAACUUAUUUAGGCUGUGUACAGUGUGACAUGUUAAUGUAGUGUAGCUGAGUGGCCCUAAAUAAAAAUUUAAACCCAAA